AGAGUUUCUGGAAAUUGUGAGGUUCUGCACAUCUCCAGGUGCUGAUCUUCAGGGCCUCUUGAGCUACCUCGAGUCCUUCUCAGGUAAAGAAAACAACACCUCAGUCACUCAGAUCUUCCUGGUGACAGCUGUUUCCAAGCCCUGUCUGAACAGCUCUGCUUUGACACAAGCUGAGGCACACAGGAUGUUAUUCCCUGCCUGGGGAGGGUCUCUGGAGAGGCAGCAGUUCUGCUCUGGAUCAGAGGCUGUUUCCUGCUUUCCCAUCCCAGCCUGCUGAUGUCUCACCAGAGGCUCCAGCUGCAGCAGGGCUGGGCUUUUGGUUGUACAACACCUCACCAAGGAGCCUGCUGGAGGAGCACUGGGAGCUUGGUUUUCCCUCCCUGAGUGCUUUGCCAUUGCAGACAGUCCCCGUUGGUAAGUCUGGGCUGAAACAGCUUCAGUCUAAAUUUCAGUCUUUGAAAAACAGAUCUGGGUUUUCAGCUUCCCUGGAGGCAGCUGUGAAGCUCUCUGCCUAGCAGAAACUGCCAAGAUGCAGAGGGGAAGAGGCAGAGUUGCCUCCUUUCCUUAAGGCAAAAGACACCAAUGUCUGUGUGCAGAGCUCCUGGAUUUAUCCAGGGCACCAGUUCCAGACCCAGCCUUCUGCUCUGGAAAUGAGGGCCCAGUGUGAAAAACAACAAAUACACCCCAGCAAAUGACUCCAGCACAAAGUGGGGGCUGUGGGUGCUGUGCUCCCAACUGACACCAGCACAGUGCAGCUGGACAGGCAGUCAGGAAAACUGGCAAUUUCCCCAGCAAACUCUGUCUCCCCUCUCCUGACAGACAAGAGGAUCUAUCGACUGCCAGUGUUCACAGAGGAGUUCUGCCAGGCCUUUGUGGAUGAGCUGGAGAACUUUGAGCAGUCAGAUAUGCCUAAGGGCAGGCCCAACACCAUGAACAACUAUGGGGUUCUGCUGAACGAGCUGGGCAUGGACGAGCCUUUCCUGACGCCGCUGCGGGAGCGGCUCCUGCCCGUCACGGCGCUGCUGUACCCGGAGCUGGGCGGGGCCUGCCUGGACAGCCACAAAGCUUUUGUGGUCAAGUACUCCCUGCACGAGGACCUGGACCUGAGCUCUCACUAUGACAACGCUGAAGUCACUUUGAACGUUUCCCUGGGAAAAGAAUUCACAGAAGGAAACUUGUACUUCGGGGAUUUCAACCAGGACCCCAGCCCCGUGCCGAGGUACAUCGAGGUGGAGCACGUGGGGGGCCGGGGGCUGCUGCACCGAGGGGGGCAGAUCCACGGGGCCCUGCCCAUCGCCUCGGGGCAGCGCUGGAACCUCAUCGUGUGGAUGAGGUCAUCGGCCAUCCGGAACCGGCUGUGCCCCAUGUGCCACAGGAAACCCCAGCUGGUGGAGGCUGAGGGCUUUGGGGAUGGCUUCACAGAGCCCCUGCAGGAGGAGGAGCCCCAGACCGUGGAUGUCUGUGCCUUGGGCUAGCAGCGGGGGUGAUUUACCCACAGCUCCUUUCUGCCCUCCCGGGCUCUGCUGGGUGCACGAGUCCUGCAAGGAGCAGCUCCCACCUUGGGAAGGGAUGCAAAGCCUGCCCUGCCAGGAUUCCAGCUGGAAGAGCUGGAACACGGCUCCUGAGGGCUGGAAGACUCUGUAAGACACAGAAACCCCAACUGUGAUUCCCUGCAGGAGCUCUGUCAACAUUUCCAAGUGCACAAGGAAAACACCCAAAGCUCCUUGGCCUCUCUGCCAGCAGCAGCACCCCAGGUCCCACUGGAAAUGGGGAAGAAUGGUACAGGAAACAAUUUCUCUGCUGUUCUUAGGGUCUCCUGUCCUCUAGCUUUGUGUUAAUGAAUGGCCAGGAAGGAUCUGCUCAGGAAUGAGAUCCAGGUGAUUAACAGCGAGCUGCUGGGAAUGGCAGGGAAUUAUCAUCACUGGAUGUUUGACUAACCCAGGCUGAGAAAAAUCCAGGAGCAACACAGGGAGCACUGAUCCCCCAAGGUGGCAGAGAGAUCUCCUGAGGCUUCUUGGGAGCAGAAACUUUCCUUUCAAAGGUUUUGUGAACCUUAUAUAAGCAGAGCCAGAGCUCUGGGAGCCACCUGCAGCACAGCAAAACUUCCCAGAGGAGGACAAGAUGUACAUUUAACUCCCUUUGCUUUAGUUACAUGGGCAAGUGAAAAUGUAAAAUAACUCUGCCUACCUGGAUGCAGCAGCAGACAAGGCCUGGGGCUUCUUAGUUUGGCACCAAGAUCCCCCAGGAACUGAUAGAUUAGAAGGAUCGAGUGCCUUCCCCGUCCUUCCUUCCAGCUGGCUGAAACAUGUGACUCUUACACCUACUAAACAAAUUAAAGAAGCCAAAUAUCGUUUGAUUUGAUGUCUGCAUUUGCCUCAGUGGAAAAUUAACUCGAUCUGUUCGAUAGAUGCUGCUGAAUUGAUAAGGGGCAAAAUUUUCCAUUUGCCUGUUCAGUGCAGUGAGUGCAGCACAUGGGUGCUCACAUCGGUAAUUGUGAGAGGCUGAAGGCGGGUGCAGCUCGCACUGAAGGUGUUUAUUGCGGCUCUCCCCGCGGACCCGCUGGGUUUUGGCUGGGACUGCCAUGAGCACGGAGGCUGCUGAGCUUCUCAUUAGCAAAGCUCAUUAAAAUUGCAGCGGGGGAAGGAAACCGGCGAUGUAUCUCAGCCAGGAGCCGCUAGUAACGAACGCAGAGCCGCAGCCUUGAUCUCGUUCUGGCGAACGUGAGCGCUCCCGAUCUGCCCAACUCCCCGCGGGCACGGAG